AUGGGAAACAAUAGCUCUUUGAUGCUGCAAGAAGAUGAAAUUGCUACAAUUUCGUGUGAAACGGGAUUUUCGCGCAACCAGAUUGUUCGUCUGUACAGCCGGUUUUUGUCAUUGGAUAAGCAAGGUCGCGGAUACUUGGACAGAGACGACUUUUUCCGAAUUCCAGAACUAGCCAUCAACCCUUUGGGUGACCGGAUAGUAGACGCGUUUUUCACUGAGACUGACGAUGUCGAUCAGAAAAUUAAUUUCCGUGAGUUUAUUCGCGUAUUGGCUCACUUCAGACCUAUUAACAAAGCCAGCGAUGGGAAGCUCAACAGUCGGGAUGAGAAAUUAAAAUUUGCUUUCACAAUGUAUGAUUUGAACAAAAAUGGAUUCAUAACAAGAGAUGAAUUCAAAGUAAUAUUGGAUAUGAUGGUGGGGGCUAAUAUAACCCCUGAACAGCUCGAGAACAUUGCUGACAGGACGAUAACGGAAGCCGAUUUAGACCACGACGGGAAGAUUUCAUUUGAAGAGUUUUGUAGAGCAAUGGAAAAGACUGAUAUUGAGCAAAAAAUGUCGAUACGAUUCUUGAACUGAAU